AUGGCAGUAUUCGACGCAGCAGAAGUCGCAAAGCACAAUACUCGCGAGAGCUGUUGGGUCGUCCUAUAUGGAAAGGUCUAUGAUGUGACCGACUUCCUGUCAAGCCACCCCGGUGGUGCCAAGAUUAUUUUAAAGCUUGCAGGGAAGGAUGCUACCGAGGAAUAUGAUCCAAUUCAUCCUCCGGGUAUUCUGGAGGAAGAACUCAAACCGGAGCAAUGCCUCGGAACUGUGGAUAUGGGCACAUUGCCCAAAGAAGCCCCGGUUGAGACACAGGAGCCCGCGCAAGGACCUCCCCCUAUUGAAACCCUUCUCAAUCUAGAUGAGAUCGAGGAGGUUGCCACCAAGCAAGUGAAUAAGAAGGCAUGGGCAUACUACUGGUCCGGCGCCGAUGACAAAUUUUCCAAGAAUUUCAACAACCAAGUCUAUCGGUCAAUUCUUCUCCGACCACGAGUGUUCAGAGACUGUGAGCGCUGCGACUUCUCCAGCACCGUGCUAGGUCAUAAACUGGGAAUGCCACUUUAUGUGUCUCCUGCUGCCAUGGCCCGUCUGGGCCACCCAUCGGGCGAGGCAGGAAUUGCAGAGGCCUGUCGCAGUUUUGGUGCCAUGCAGAUCAUCUCCAAUAAUGCAUCCAUGACCCCGGAGCAGAUCGUGAAGGAUGCCGCCCCGGACCAAGUAUUUGGAUGGCAGCUCUAUGUACAAAUUGAUCGAAAGAAGAGCGCGUCAAUGUUGGCGCGUAUCAACAAGCUAAAAGCAAUCAAGUUUAUUGUUCUGACGUUGGACGCUCCCGUCCCGGGAAAGCGGGAAGAUGAUGAACGAAACAGCAUGGCGGGAGCGGCACCAAGUGGAGUGAAGGAGGCCGACAGGUCCAAAGGAACCCCUGAUGUAUCUGAAGCAUCAGGAGGUGUGGGCAAGACUCUCUUUGCAGGCACAGACCCAACCUUGACCUGGCGAGAGACUUUGCCUUGGUUAGCCAGACACACAGAUCUGCCCAUUGUCCUCAAGGGUCUGCAAACACAUGAAGAUGCUUAUCUCGCAUCAUUGCACACUCCACAAGUCAAGGGAAUUAUUCUCUCCAACCACGGUGGACGAGCAUUAGAUACAGCACCACCAGCGGUACACACCCUGCUAGAGAUUCGGAAAUACUGCCCCGAGGUUUUCGACAAGCUCGAGGUCUAUGUGGAUGGUGGAAUCCGUCGUGGCACCGAUAUCGUCAAGGCGCUCUGUCUGGGUGCCAAAGCAGUGGGCAUUGGACGUGCUGCUCUCUGGGGACUGGGAGCAGGUGGUGUGGACGGUGUCCGUCGGGUAUUGCAGAUUCUGUCCGAUGAAAGUCAGACAUGCAUGCGUCUGCUUGGAGUGGAAACAGUGGACGCUCUCGGACCUCAAUACAUCAACACGCGCAUGACUGAACAACAAAUCUUUGACGGACCCUCGGGCCUGGAAUCUUUACGACAUGAUUUCCGAGCGAAACUUUAG